AUGGGCGGUGGUUUUUCACAUCAUCAUCAACAGCGACAUUUUGACGCACAUCAUCAUCCUCAAGGCUUUGGUCCAGGAUAUCAUCAUGAUCAUCAUAUGAAUCCAGGAUUUGGAUUUGAUCCUCAUCAUCAUGAUAUGCAUCAUGGAUAUGGACAUGACCAACAUCACGGUGGUUUCGGUGGUGGUCAUCAUUAUGGAGGUGGUCAUCAUUAUGGAGGUGGUCAUCAUGGGCAUUGUUAA